AGAGGCUCCACGCUAGAAGCGCGCCACUAUUCCUCCGCCGGAGGUCAGAGGGGAAAACAAACAUGGCGGCUUCCAAGAAAGCGGUCGUGGUGUUAAAGACAGUGAAGAAAAUAGUCGCUCACUUUUGUCCUUUUGAGUCCAACGUCCGGUCGACGCGGGAGUUCCUGUUUGUCGUGGGCUCGGAAAAAGUCAGAUCCACAAAUUUAAGCUGCGAGGUAAUGGCGACAGUCAAACACAACCGGUCAGAACCCGUAGUGGAUGUUACUUACGUGGACGGAGAGAGGCUGGUGAUGAAGGGCGCCAACCUGACCAGUGGCGAGAUGCUGAACGCUUUCCAGGCCCGCUGCGCGGCCAAGGACCCCCAGGCCAAAACGGCAGCCAAAUAAUGACCGCAAAUAUGCAAACUAUGCAGAAUCGACUUGUGUAUAUGACUGAUUAUUUAUAAUAAAACAUCAUUUUUUUUAA